CCGGCGAACGUAAUGGUUCCAUUCGAUGCGCUGCAAACCGGCGCGGAGGUGGCUAUAUAAAGUUGACACACUCCGGUUUUCCACUCCUCUCGUCCCCCCUCCCGUCGCUUUGCUAGGGUUUGUCUCGAAGUCGUUAGGCGGUGGAGUCUUCGAUCGGAUCUCCAUCGGCUUCCAUUCCACUUCUUCUCUCGAUCGGACAACAGACGAAUGGUUAUGCCUUCCUUUACUGUGGAUCCAGAGGAUGAUACUGAGAAUAGUGGUACAAAAGCCGGGGAGUUAACUCCAUUGAAAAUCCAGGAAUUUGAUUUCUCAAAGCUAGAAAUUAGGCCUAGGAACCAUAACAUUGAUCGCCACAGGUCCUGUGAAGUUAAGGCAUUAUUUGAGCUAUCCAUGGCCAGUGCAUCCCCUCGUCAUACUUUAAAGAACCUUGAUCACUUGAAAAUCACAGAGCACCUAGAGAAUGCUUACUCACCUUCUUGGAGGUCAAAUGUGAAUUCUCCAAAGGCUUCCAUCGGUUCUCAUCUACAAGCUGAAGCUUGGGAAGCUCUGAGGCGCUCAUUGGUUCACUUUCGGGGACGUCCGGUUGGUACAAUUGCUGCAAUGGACCCUUCAGAAGAAGCACUUAACUAUAAUCAGGUAUUUGUGAGAGACUUUGUCCCAAGUGCCUUGGCAUUUCUGAUGAGUAGAGAGCCUGAAAUAGUUAGAAACUUCCUCACGAAAACGCUUCGACUUCAAUCAUGGGAAAAGAAGAUUGACCGCUUUCAGCUUGGAGCAGGUGUCAUGCCAGCAAGUUUCAAGGUUUUCCAGGAUCCCAUCCGGAAUACGGAAACUUUAAUUGCUGACUUUGGAGAAAGUGCCAUUGGAAGAGUUGCCCCUGUAGAUUCUGGCUUUUGGUGGAUAAUAUUACUUCGUGCUUACACAAGGGCUACAGGAGACUCAUCCUUGGCUGACACCCCUGAUUGUCAGCAGGGGAUACGCCUUAUUCUGUCAUUGUGCCUCUCAGAAGGGUUUGACACAUUCCCAACACUGCUUUGUGCUGAUGGAUGCUGUAUGAUUGACCGUCGUAUGGGCAUCUAUGGUUAUCCUAUUGAAAUACAAGCAUUAUUUUUUAUGGCUUUAAGGUGUGCCUUAAAUUUGUUAAAACAAGAUGACAAGGGUAAGGAGUUCGUUGAGCUUAUAACUAAACGCCUUCAUGCAUUGAGCUAUCACUUGCGGAGUUACUUUUGGCUUGACUUUCGCCAGCUUAAUGACAUAUAUCGUUAUAAGACAGAGGAAUAUUCUCAUACUGCAGUAAACAAGUUCAAUGUAAUGCCUGACUCUCUCCCAGAUUGGCUAUUUGAUUUUGUCCCAAAUCGUGGUGGUUACUUCAUUGGAAAUGUCAGUCCUGCUAGAAUGGACUUCCGUUGGUUCUGCUUAGGCAAUUGCAUUGCAAUUUUAUCAUCUUUGGCAACUCCCAAUCAGUCUGCUGCGAUUAUGGAUCUUAUUGAAGCACGUUGGACAGAAUUGGUUGGAGAGAUGCCCUUAAAAGUUUGUUAUCCAGCUCUGGAAAAUCAUGAGUGGCGAGUCAUAACUGGUUGCGAUCCAAAAAACACUCGUUGGAGCUACCACAAUGGUGGUUCUUGGCCAGUUUUGCUUUGGCUUCUGACUGCCGCAUCCAUCAAGACUGGGCGACCUCAAAUUGCUAGACGAGCUAUCGAGCUUGCAGAAACCAGGUUAUUGAAAGAUAGCUGGCCAGAAUAUUACGACGGAACUCUAGGGAGGUACGUUGGCAAGCAAGCUAGGAAAUUCCAGACCUGGUCGAUUGCUGGUUAUCUGGUGGCAAAAAUGAUGCUCGAGGAUCCUUCUCAUCUGGGAAUGGUGGCACUGGAGGAAGACAAACAGAUGACACCUCCCCUUAGGCGAUCAGCUUCAUGGUCGCGAUGAUAGCAAUCAGGCACUCUUCCAUAUUUCUGACAAUCUUCGUAACAGUAGCCAAGGUAGCUUUUGAUGGUGUUAAUUUUUGCAGGAUCUUGAAGACGCACAAAAUGCUCAUAAGAUUACCAAGUUGUCUUUUUCCUAUGCUUGUGCCCUCAGCAAUGCCCCAUUGCAAGACCCUUUUUUGUGGUGUAACUGACCAUCUUUGUUAAUGAUGAUACAUUUGGUGAA